CAUCGGUUGCACCGCGUUCUGGAACUCUUUCUCGCUCCGUCCUUUCAAACUCCUCGCCCAAAGUUUGCCCUAUUUCUCGACGAAUGUGCUCGAUUCAGAACAGACGUUUCGCGUUUCUUUGCCCAUGGCAAUGUUUUGAACGAGAUUCGUUCGUUUAUCGAAAAUUAUCAAUGAUCGUAGUGUAUAUACAUCAGUGAGAAGACAGGAUCGAAGUGUUUUCCAUCAAACGGAAAAGUAAGUGUGUUUCAUUGAUUUUUCGAAAUGAUUACGAGGAUCGUUCAUGUUGAUCUGUCAUUGGUGACUUCUUCUCGAUAAAACGCGAAUGCAAAACAGUUUUCACCUCAAACUCGUUCGACUCGAUGAUCGACAUCGAGAGAUUUCGAUCGAAUCGGUGACGCGAUCAUUUCGGUUUGUCGGCGAAAAAUUUUACCGGUAGUGUGAGUCAAACAUCAACAGCGAUUGAUGUUUCUUGAUUGUUAGAUCAACGAUAAUCGUCAGAGGAUAAAAAGAAGCAGAAACGAAAUAGAAAUCAACUGGCAAUUCGACUUUGGCUUGGAACGCUACAAUGUCGUGUUUGGACGGCUGAUUACGAAUGCCGUGGUGUUAGCUCUCGGGGAGGAUGUUUCACGGGGGCGGAAGUAGCGGGUACGGCGCUAGCUCCGACUACCAACAGCAGUCGCAACAACAGCAGCAACAGCAACACGGCCAACAACUUCAAGCGCCCGUCUACGUGCCGUCCUCGAGGCCUACGAUCCCGUCCGCGGCCACAGCGGCGGCGGCCGCGGCCGCGGCCCAGUACCAUUCCUUCCCCGGCUCUGGCUCGCCUGCUUGGGAGAAGACUGCUGCAGCGGCGGCCUCGUGGCAGCAUGGGGUGGAAACGUACGCGGCCCAUCACGCGCUCGCGGGGCACGCAAGCGGGUCCGCGGCCGCGGCCGCUGCCGCCGCUGCCGCGAUGGGCCCGCACUCGGGCCACACGCACCCGCACCCACACACGCACCCGCACGCGGCCCAUCCGCAUACCGGCCACCCUCACUCGAGCCUCGCCGCGGCCGCGGCCGCCCCCUUUUACGCGCAAAACGUCGCCAUGAUGUCCUCCUGGCGUGCCUACGACGGAGCCGGAUUUCAACGUGCCUCCCCUUAUGAUACCGCGAUGGAUUUUCAAUUCGGGGAAGGCAGGGAGUGCGUUAAUUGCGGCGCAAUAUCGACACCGCUUUGGAGGAGGGACGGCACCGGGCAUUAUCUGUGCAACGCGUGCGGACUCUACCACAAGAUGAACGGGAUGAACAGACCCCUGAUAAAACCGUCCAAGCGGCUGACCGCGACCAGGCGGUUAGGGCUUUGCUGCACGAACUGCGGCACCCGAACCACGACCCUUUGGAGGCGCAACAACGAGGGCGAGCCCGUUUGCAACGCUUGCGGCCUUUACUUCAAGCUGCACGGUGUGAACAGACCACUGGCGAUGCGCAAGGACGGGAUCCAGACGCGAAAACGUAAACCGAAGAAGACGCCCGAGCCGAACGCGAGGUCCUCCGCCGUCGAGCACGAGACCACCGCCGUUUCAACCGCUUCUUCUCCCUCCACGGAAUUAAAGGGUAACCAACAACAGCAACAACAGCAGCAGCAGCAACAACAACAGCAACAACAUCAGAUCGAGGUGUCCAAAUCGUCCGCCGGUGGUGGCUCGAGCUCAUCAGAGAGACCGGUUUACCUCGGGCACACGUCUCUUUUAGCGACAGGAAGCGUGGCCACCGUCAAAACGGAACCUCGAAGUUGUGAUGGCAUUGUUGGUCAACCCUAUUCUUCGUAUUAUCAGCAUCCGCAUCAACUUGGGGUAUCGAGCAGCGAGCAUCAGCAACAGACCUAUUACGGGAGUCAAGAAGCACCUUACCAUCAUCAGCAUCACGUUACUGCGGCUGCCAAGUUGUUGGCAUCCACGUAAUUUCAUC